UUCGCCAUCUUGUUGUCGUUGAACGAAGAGAGACGACAGGCGGCGACCGAUUUAACGAAUAAACCACUAAACCUGCGUUAUUUUUCGCCGUCUAGGGCAAGAUCAGUUAGCUAAAUGAGUUCAUGGACUGUCUGGUGAUAAAUGGUUAUGGUCUGGAUAAGGUUGGCGUAGGUUUUCCCGGGUCGCGCAGUGCAAAGAUGGACGACAACGCGGCGAGGGAAGAUGCCUGCCGAGAGUACCAGUCCUCUCUGGAAGACCUGACUUUCAACAGCAAGCCGCACAUCAACAUGCUCACCAUCCUGGCCGAGGAAAACAUCAACUUCGCCAAGGAUAUCGUCGCAAUUAUUGAAGCACAAAUAAGCAAGGCCCCAGCUACCGAGAAGCUUCCAGUUUUGUACUUAGUGGAUUCCAUAGUGAAGAAUGUUGGAGGAGAGUACCUUGCAGUGUUUGCUAAAAACCUAAUCACUUCAUUUAUAUGUGUCUUUGAAAAGGUGGAUGAGAACACUCGAAAGAGUCUGUUCAAGUUGCGAUCAACAUGGGAUGAUGUGUUUCCACCGAAGAAGCUGUAUGCGCUGGACGUCCGGGUCAACUCUCAGGACCCGGCCUGGCCCAUCAAACCGCUUCCACCCACAGUUAACGCCAGUAUCCAUGUCAACCCCAAGUUUCUUAAACAGUCUGAUGAGGCGUCCUCUCCACGGCCUGUUCCUGUCCCGCCCCAGCCGGCCCCAGUUGCUCCCCAGCCAGCCCCAACUGCUCCCCAGUCCAGUUUAACCCAAGAGCAGCUCAUCCGUCAGCAGUUGCUGGCCAAACAGAAGCAACUCCUAGAGCUGCAGCAGAAGAAAAUUGAGCUGGAGCUGGAGCAGACUAAAGCUCAGCUGGCUGGUGGUUUUGUCUUACCACCCCAAACCACAUCUUCAUCCACCACAGCACUCAAAGCUGUCAGCCAGACAGCUCCUAUAGUCCGACCUUGGAAGCCUCCUCCACAGACUCAGCCUGAACCCAAGCAGUCGACCAGAGACCCCCGCUUGAACCGUUCUGGACCCCCAGCUCCUCCACAGGCCAAAGAACGGCCUACUGGGAAAAAAGACAGCCCCCCAGUAACAGGAAGCCCUGUGGUGACACCAGAGAAACGUCUUCCAGAGAAAACUGUGAGGACAGAAAAGGCCCGGGCCCCAAGAAAAGAUGUGUUAGAUGAGAAGGCGAAUUCCAAGUCUCCAUCUCCAAUGCCAAAAGGCGGUCAGAGUAAGAGCAAGUCAGAGACUGAGGGUCAGAAGUUGACUGACAGCACAAAGAAAGACCCGAGGCUGAAGAAACGCGCACAGGAGAAGACCGGUGAGGCAAAAGACGAUGACCAGAAGGAGAAGAAGAGGAGGGAGGAUACUGUGCCACAGCGGUUCAGAGGAAAACUAGUAAAUGGCUCGGUAUCUAAGCACAACAGAGAAGAAUCAGCUGAGAAGGCGGAGUUCAAAUCUGGAGGAAAUGCCCGUACCCAUGCCAGAAAACGUACACGCUCCAGGUCCAGGUCACGCUCACCCACAUCCUCCCCAAAGAGGAAGGACCGGAGGUCACCAAAGAGCCGGGCCAGGAGCAGCUCACUGUCACCAUCGCCUCACAAAGCCGGUAAACCGAGGAGGGUCCGCACAGAUGAGCCACAGCAUGCUAAACCUGGUCGGGAGGACCGAACCACACCUAAAAAGGACCAAUCUGAGAGCAGGAGGUCAAAGAGGCCAGGAGAGGAUCGCCAUUCUGAGUCCAGAGACUCUCAUUCUCCACGGGGCCAUGAUGGAGGAAGCAAAGAACUGAAGGAGGCACCGCAUCGCUGGAGGAGUGGCUGGGAAGAGAACAAACAUCUGAAAUUGACUGAUGAUACUCGCAUGAAGUCUGGAUCUCAGAGGCACAAACCAUACAACACACCGACCCGACCCACCACCCCCCGGACCCCAAAACAUCGCCUCAGUGUGGAUGCUAACCUGCAGAUACCUGAAGUCUUGAACUCUGCAUCCAAGAAGGAUCUUCUCAGGAGGGCCAGUAAACGUCUGGAAAGUGGUGAGAUUUCAGAGGAGGAGUUCCUAAACAUGGCCCAUCAGAUCAAACACUUCUUCCAGUAUCAAGAGGAGAAGCAACAGCAGCGCUCCGAGAGCUGGGAUGAGUCUGCUGACUUGCCCCUCAAGAAAACGCCACUGCUGACCACACCCAGCUCUGCUCCAACUCGCCCCCGAGAAGACAUGGAUGAGGCAGAGCUGACAUACUAUGAACAUAAAUCAAAGCUCAGGAAGACACAGGUGACACAUCGACCAGCUGGAGAGGAGUGGACGGGUGACGAGAGUCCGGAGGACAGUGAGACAGCGGGUGGAAAGCCAGGUAGCGGGCGGAGUGGUGGGCAUCUGGCACCACAUAAAUACAGCCGACCACCACGGGACAGACCAGGUGAGAGGCGGAGCAAAGAGCGUGAUGAGCCUCAGCGCUCUCAGCAUGGUUCUGCCCCCAUGAUUGAGGAGUACAACCACGGAAAAGAGUUCCCUACACUGAAGUCUCUGCCAGGCCUUCGCUUUAGGAGGAGAGCAGACCCCAGAGAGACCAGUGAGAGGGAGUGGAACUCGCCACUGACGGAGCGACAGAGAUUUGAGGAUCGCGACGAUCAGAAAAGCGGCUACGAUGCUCCAAGAAGAUACCCUGCUGAUUCCAGACACCCAGACCCUCGCAGACCAGAGGGUCCACCCCCAUCUGGCACUGUGGUCCACAGGAACUGUCCAAGUCCAGCUCCCGUGGAUGGGCCACGGUUUGAGCGUGAACGUUUGUCGCCACUGCACCAGAAAGACUCUGCAGAGAUGAGUCCAAUCCCGCGAUUUGAAAGUCCUAACAGUGAGCACUCUGAUGAUGGGCCACUCAAUUUGGACCCACCCCUUGUGCCCCACCCCCCUCUUCCAAAGUCCAUCCUUAAGGUGUCAGGCCAUGGCACGCCACUGUCCACCCGACAGCACAGCGACUCCCCAGGUCACACACCACCUCAUGAUGGAGGUCAUGCCUCUUCUCGCUAUGAUGGGCCAAGUCACAUGGGCCCAUCUAGGCCACACCCCCAGGGCUGGUUUGAUGGCCGAUAUGAGGACUCAGCACGGUUUGAUGGGCCUCAUCAUCCAGGCCCAGGCCGGUUUGAAGGUGGACCACCUCAUCAUGAGAGGUUUGAUGGCCCCGCCCCUCAUAUGUCCCAUGGACCAAUGAGAAGCUUUGACGGCCCACCUCAUCCUCAGGGUCCUGUCAGGUUUGAUGGUCCACCAGUACGGUUUGAUGGGCCAAUGCAGCGCUUUGAUGGGCCACGGCGCUUUGACAACAACAUGGCCCCUGGUCCAGGUCCUGGGUCUGGAUCAAUGGGCUUUCAGCAGCGUCCCAUGCGCUUUGAUGGUCCCCCGAACCAGAUGGGUCCAAUGCAUUUUGAUGGGCCGGGCCAGCCAGGGCCCAGGUUUGACAUGCCACACCAGGGCGGACCGCCUCGGUUCGAAGCUCCACAGGGCCAGCAAGGCCCACCACACUUUACUCCACAGCACAACUUGCAGCCGCCAAUGAGGCCCGUUGUUCCCCCCAUGUACGACAACACCAUACCCCCUCAGCAGAACUUCAACAUGGCUCCCCAGCGCUUCCCAGAACCCAUGAACCCACAGUUCCCAUCAGGGCCGAUGGCGUUCCCGGCUCAGGGAGGAAACUUCAUGCAGCCUGCUCCAUUCAACCAGCCAAGUCCAUACUACAACACCACUGGGCCUGGGGUCAACAUGCAGCAGCCGGUGAACAUGAUAGGAAACAUGAACCAGCCCUUCAUACCUCAGAAUACAGUGCCUUUCCCUCAACAGGCUCCUCAAGAGAACCAUUUUGGUCAGGUUGACGUAAAUGACCUUCUGUCCAAACUCAUCUCCAAUGGCAUCAUUAAGCCUUCACAACCUGAAGCUGAUACAACCACCAGCAGCGAAUGCUCGGCUACAGCUCCACCUCCUGCAGCCAUUGAAGAGGAAGAUGAAGAGGAGCCAGAGCAGGAGGUGGAGGAUGAAGAUGUACCAGACCUCACCAGCUUCACCGUUGACAACAUGAAACAGCGUUAUGAGAGCGUGGUGACAAAGCUGUACUCAGGGAAUCAGUGCUGUUUGUGCAGCAUGAGGUUCACAGCAGCUCAGACCGACAUGUAUGCCGACCAUCUGGACUGGCACUUCAGACAGAACCAUGCAGGGAAGGUCGCCAGCAAGAAGGUCACGCACCGGCGCUGGUACUACAGCCUCACGGACUGGAUUGAAUUUGAGGAAAUCGCAGAUCUGGAGGAGCGAGCCAAAAGUCAGUUCUUUGAGAAAGAGAAUGAGGAGGAGGUCCAGAAGAACCAGGCAGCUGCAAAGGAGAAGGAGUUCCAGAGUGUCAGAGCCACCAAGGACCAAGUGGGCGAGUCAUGUGAGAUCUGUCAAGAGCCGUUUGAAACGUACUGGGUCGAGGAGGAGGAGGACUGGUUCCUGAAAAAUGCUAUAAGAGUCGAUGACAAGAACUUUCAUCCUUCCUGUUUUGAGGAUUAUAAGAAUACUUCCUCAUAUCUGGAUGUCACUCCGUCUCCCAACAAGCUGCUCACUGAACAUCCACUGAGCUUUUUAAAGACGGAAGAAGACGACUCAUCCUCCUGUGCUGUUGCUGCCACCGCCGCCUCUGCCUCCAUCAAACAGGAAGUGGAGUGUGAGAGCGGCGAGCUGCUGAACAUAAAACAGGAGGAAGAGCCCGAGGCGGUAGUGGACAGCAGUGUCGCCGCAACGACAGCUGCAGACUGACGCUGAGGUAGCGUCACUUUUUCUUUUUUUGAGGAAAAAGUGUUUUAGCGCAUGGAGGCGGGGCCUCUGUGCGUAAACAUGAAUACAUUUUGGUAUUUGGAUUCUGCCUGAAACCUUCAGGUCCUGAUUUGUCUGAAAUGUUCUGUUUGUUUUGAGUCAAAGCUGUAAAUGAUUUAAUUUAUACAUUAAAGUAUAUUUGGUAUCUCUGGUGUUUAACGCUGGUUUACUCUGACUGCGGACGCCUGUUACUCUGUGCAGAGUUGAUCAAUUAUUGAUUGGUUUAUUGAUUGGUUUAUGGGUAGCUGCAGGUGUGAGUGCAUUAAAGGUAAGCAUCUCCUGGUUGGACGACUCACCUGCUGACUUGGGACGUUUCUGCGGAGCUUUGAAGAAUUUUAUUUGUAAUUCAGCUGAUCGUCAAUAAAAGAAUCUGAAACGUGUUUGUGUGAAUUUUGAGACUCAGUUCUGUUGUUAUUUAGGUUUCACAGCUUCAAAAUAAAGUUCAGUGGGUUUAAA